AUGGCUUCGCUUCCAUCCUACCAAGACGCAGUGUCCGCAGACUGGGUCCGUCUUGUGACUCCCUACAUCUCGCCAAAUGACUUUGCCGCCCUGUGCCGUGUAAAUCGUCACUUCUGGGAGAUUUUUGCCCCACGAAUAUGGGGACGUCUUCUGGGCACCAGCUCAGACAGACUUGCAGGCCGUGAUUCAGAACAUGAUCUAGACUGGCUGGUCGGUACAGUCUUGGGCCAGCUGGGCCAGACACGAUCCGAAACAGCAAGUCUUGUUCGAGUCUUGGACACUCGCUUCAUCAGGGGCACUUGCUCUCUCACCAUGGCCAACCAACUCAAUGCCAGCCUGAAAAACGCUAUUAGAUACUUGCCUAACCUGAACUGCGUUCUUAUUGAUGGCCAUGAGGAUCUCGACCCUUCCGAGUUCUUAUCUGAAGCUGGCCGGCAAGUUCAGUUACUGAGUAUGGCGGACUGCCCUCUGUCACUAUCCACAAAAUCCAUCUCCUCUCUUCAGGGAUUGGUGUAUCUCGACCUCUCUCGCAUAUCAGGCUCUAUUCGGCCCCUUCUCCAGAGCGGAACUCUGCCGGAGCUCCGCAUACUCAAACUUCAAGGCAAAGAGGUUGACGAUGCGGCGGUCGAGAAUCUGGCCAAUUGCUUUGGCACUCGUCUUUGGAGCUUGGAUCUAGAAGACAACAAACUAACAGAUGCAGCGUUGUAUCAUCUAGGGACGCGUUGCAUGUGUCCGGCCGAUUUACGGUCGGAUGCUCGCCUUGAUGUUGAGGGCAAGCUGGAAUUCGGAAGCACAUCCCCUAUUUUUGGGACAUCAAUACGUAUCAUCGAGUCUGAUUGGAGUGGCUCCUUCAGUCACCCAAAUCGACACCUGGCUGACGCGCCAUCAUAUGAUGUUCAUGAUACGUUACCUCAAGAACAUUUGCUCAAGAGACUCGAUGGAAGAGAUCGCAUCAAGUGUGAUUCGGCAAACGCCGUCUGCCGGGGCCUCCAAGGCGAGGACCCCUAUCUCCCACCAUCUAGCUUUCAGGGUUCUCAGGGGCUGACGCAUCUGAACUUGUCUGGUAACCAGAUAUCGUCCCUUGGGGCUGUGCAGCUGUUGACACAUUGCCGCGGGCAUCUACAGAGCUUCAGCUGUGAUUCUAUGCUACUAAUUCCCUCUUCCAAGGCAGUCGCCGCGGCAUGGCCGAAAAUGGUAAAACUGCACGGGUUUUGUGCUGCAUGGACCCUGCGACCCUUGUUCUCAUCCAACCUCAGGGUGGUAAGAUUGCAUCACUCGAUCGUCACAAGAAUCCCUACUCUGGAGAUUGACGAGCUGUCAACUCUGGCUCGUCUGUACGUGUGUGAGAACUCAAUCCUCCCUCGUGUCAAAGACGCUUUCCCCGAAGCUUUCAUCCCCGACAUGAACCCACGUAUAGAAUCCUUAACCCUUACCUGUAUUCCGCGGCGCUCAAGUGGCCCGCUGAUAGAUUGCUUGAUACAUUUAUUGCAACUACUGGCCGCCCAAGAGCGUACAAUUUUCGACAUCUCUUCGCGGCGGGGACCCGUCGUCUUGGCCGGUCUCCGGCACUUUCGGCUCGAGUUCGAGCCAGACCCCCACGAACAGGAUUCGUACCUUAAGGAGGAUAUAGAUGCUCAGCAACUACUGAAUUCGGGAGAAGCAGGGUUCAGCUUCUUCGAGGAUGAGGCUAAGCAAGAACGCCCGUCAAUUGUUUUGCCCGCAAACUCAAUUUACAACUUAUUGCCAAAAGAUUCUUCCUCUUCUCUAAACGACUUAGAUCAACCUGAAGGAAGCCACCUGGACAUUGACAUAUGGAUGGACGGGAAGUCAACCAGCAUCCGAGUUUGGAUAGGUCCCAGGGAUGAGGGGAGGGCAGAAUACCUUGAGUUGCAAAAGAGGUUUGGCAGCAGGACAGUGCCCCCUGGCCCACCACACGGGUUUUGGUUAGGGAAACUUGAAGUUUCGACCCAGCAAGUGGCGUCGCGGAGAAAGAAACAAAGCUAUUGGCGAUAG